GUCAUCCAGCGCUGAAGAGUGACUGUGCAGGUCCAGACCCGCAUCAGACCCGGUCCAGACCCGCAUCAGACCCGGUCCAGACCCGCAUCAGACCCGGUCCCGCUCGGUGUGUGCUUGUACCUGACGUUCCUCCAGACAUCAUGAAGGAGACCGCGGCCAAGCGGCGCGACAAGGCGGGAGGCCGGGACCGGGACUCGAAAGCCGAGAAGCCGAAAGACUCGGGCCCGGAGGCGCAGGACGUGGAGAUGCCGGAGGAGGAGGCGACGAACGCGGCUAAGCAGCCCAGAGAGCAGGACAGCCUGACCCUGGAGGACAUCAAGGAGCACGUGAAGCAGAUAGAGAAGGCCGUGUCGGGGAAGGAGCCUCGCUUCGUCCUUCGUGCUCUGCGGGCGCUGCCGUCCACCAGCCGCCGUCUGAACGCCGUCGUGCUGCACAAAGCCGUGAGCGGCUUCUUCACCAACAACGCCGUCACCAGGGACUUCCUGCUAGGCUUCCUGGAGGAGCCGAUGGAGAUGGCAGACGGAGACGUCCAGUUCCGUCCGAGGACGGGGAAGGCAGCGUCGGCUCCUCUGCUGCCGGAGGUGGAGGCGUAUCUGCAGCUGCUGCUGGUCGUUCACCUGACCAAUAACAAGAGAUUCACCGAGGCUCAGAAAGUGUCAGACGACCUGCUGCAGAAAAUCGCCUCAAAAAACCGAAGAGCUCUCGAUCUGGUCGCCGCCAAGUGUUACUACUAUCACGCCAGAGUGUACGAGUUCCUGCAGCAGUUUGACAACAUGCGCAGUUUCCUCCACACUCGUCUCCGCACGGCGACGCUGCGUCAUGACGCAGACGGUCAGGCGGUUCUGCUCAACCUGCUGCUGAGGAACUACCUGCUGUUCAACCUGUACGACCAGGCAGAGAAACUUGUGUCUAAGUCCGUGUUCCCUGAACUCGCCAACAACAAUGAGUGGGCCAGAUACCUGUACUACACUGGGCGGAUCAAGGCGAUCCAGUUGGAGUACACUGAGGCUCGCAGGACUCUGACCAACGCUCUGAGGAAAGCUCCUCAACACACGGCUGUGGGAUUCAAACAGACGGUCCACAAGCUGCUGAUCGUGGUCGAGCUGCUGUUGGGAGAGAUUCCUGACAGACUCCAGUUCAGACAACCGUCACUCAAGAGGUCACUGAUGCCCUACUUCCUGCUCACACAGGCUGUGAGAACAGGGAACUUGGCCAAGUUCAACCAGGUGUUGGAUCAGUUUGGGGAGAAGUUUCAGACCGACGGGACGUACACACUCAUCAUCCGCCUGAGACACAACGUCAUUAAGACCGGUGUGCGGAUGAUCAGCCUGUCGUACUCUCGUAUCUCUCUGGCCGACAUCGCUCAGAAACUUCAGCUCGACAGUCCAGAGGACGCAGAGUUCAUCGUUGCCAAGGCGAUUCGUGACGGCGUGAUUGAGGCGAGCAUCAACCACGAGAAGGGCUUCGUCCAAUCAAAAGAGACCAUGGACAUUUACGGCACCAGAGAACCUCAGCUGGCUUUUCACCAGAGGAUCAGCUUCUGUCUGGACAUACACAACAUGUCUGUGAAGGCGAUGAGGUUUCCUCCUAAAGCUUAUAACAAAGACCUGGAGUCAGCAGAGGAGCGUCGGGAGCGUGAGCAGCAGGACCUGGAAUUUGCCAAGGAAAUGGCCGAGGACGACGACGACAGUUUCCCGUGAUUUCGCUGUGCAGACCACCUGUGCAGACAGGAAGUGGUGUGUCGCGCGCUGAUGUUAGAUCAUUUAUUACCCAUGAUGCCCCUGUGUGUGUGUUCUCUCAUGUAAUCCUUUGUUGUUUCUCUCACUGAGACAAAUAAAAAAACUCACUUUGUUUA